ACGCAGCGCUGACGGCCCCUCGUGGCUUUCCGGUGUGUUUUAAAUCAGUAUUUAGGUUUAAUUUCCACAUUUUCGCCCGUUUUGGCUUCCGUCAUGGAGAAAAAAGACCCCGGGAAGAAACCCAAACCCAAACCCGGCCGCAUGAAGGACGGAGCCGAUCCCGUCAAGAACUUUGAGAAAUGGAAGAAGAAGUACAACCGGACCAAAGCCCAGGUGAAGCGGGACCGGGACCAGGACCGGGACCGCGGCCGGGGCCGGGGGAAGCGGCCGCAGUGGCAGGUGGAGCGGGAGGACAUCCAGCGGCUGGUCAGCAGGUACCAGGACAUCAACAUCCAGGACGUGGUCAAGUUCUCGGACUUCCCCAUCUCCAAGAAGACCCUGCUGGGUCUGCAGGACGCCCAGUACCGGCAGCCCACCGAGAUCCAGAAGCAGACUAUCGGCCUGGCCCUGCAGGGCAGGGACGUCCUGGGCGCCGCCAAGACCGGGUCCGGGAAGACGCUGGCCUUCCUGAUCCCGGUGCUGGAGCGGCUGUACCGGGAGCAGUGGAGCUCCCUGGACGGCCUGGGGGCCCUCAUCAUCUCCCCCACCCGGGAGCUGGCCUACCAGACCUACGAGGUCCUCCGCAAGGUGGGCCGGAACCACGAGUUCUCGGCGGGUCUGGUGAUCGGAGGGAAGGAGCUCCGGGCGGAGACGGAGCGGAUCCACCGGACCAACAUCAUCAUCUGCACGCCGGGCCGGCUGCUGCAGCACAUGGACCAGACGGCCGCCUUCAGCGCCUCGGAGCUGCGCCUGCUGGUCCUGGACGAGGCGGACCGCAUCCUGGACAUGGGCUUCGCCGAGACCCUCAACGCCAUCGUGGAGAACCUGCCGGCGUCCCGCCAGACGCUGCUGUUCUCCGCCACGCAGACCAAGUCCGUCAAGGACCUGGCCCGGCUCAGCCUGAAGGACCCGGAGUACGUGUGGGUCCACGAGAAGGCCCGGUUCAGCACGCCGGCCACGCUGGAGCAGAGCUACGUGGUGGUGGAGCUGCCCCAGAAGGUCAACAUGCUGUACUCCUUCAUCCGGACCCACCUCCGCAGCAAGGUCAUGGUCUUCUUCGCCUGCUGCAAAGAGGUCCAGUACCUGUUCCGGGCCUUCUGCCGGCUGCGGCCCGGCACGCCCGUCCUGGCGCUGCACGGCAAGCAGAACCAGAUGAAGAGGGUGGAGGUCUACAACGACUUCCUGCGCAAGCAGAGCGCCGUGCUGUUCGCCACCGACGUGGCGGCGCGCGGCCUGGACUUCCCCGCCGUCCACUGGGUGCUGCAGUUCGACUGUCCCGAGGACGCCGACACCUACAUCCACCGGGUGGGCCGCACCGCCCGGUACCGGGACGGCGGCGAGGCGCUGCUGCUGCUGCUGCCCUCCGAGGAGGAGGCCAUGGUCCGCCAGCUGCAGGACAAGAAGGUCCCCAUCAGCCAGAUCCAGGUGAACCCCGAGAAGCUGCAGAGCGUCCAGCAGAAGCUGGAGGCCUUCCUGGCCCAGGAGGCGGAGCAGAAGCAGCGGGCGCAGCGCUGCUUCGUGUCCUACCUGCGCUCCGUCCACCUCAUGAGGGACAAGGCCGUCUUCGACGUCUUCCGGCUCCCCGUCGGGGACUACGCCCGCUCGCUGGGCCUGGCCGUGGCCCCCAGGGUCCGCUUCCUGCAGAGGGCCGAGGCCCAGAGGGCCGGCGGCGAGGGGGAGGGGCCAGGGGGAGGGGCCGGCGACGAGGGGGAGGGGGAGAGGGGAGGAGCCAGCAGCGAGGGGGAGGAGUCUGAAGAAGAGCAGCAGCUGAGGAGCUUCAAGGCUCAGCUGACGGAGCGGCUCCCCGGCGGUUCGUCCUCUGAGGACGGCGAGGACAGCGAGGACGACCUGCGGGACCUGGACCUCCUGACCGUGAAGAGACGAGACGUGUUCAACCUGACGGGGGCGCCGCAGGGUCUGGCGGAGGCCGCCGCGCCGCCCAGGAAGAAGGCCGAGCGCGAGACCAAGUACAGCGAGGCCAAGAAGGUCCUCAGGAGACACUUCCAGGUCAACACCAAGGUGACCUUCAGCGAGGAGGGCCGCGCCCUGCAGCUGUGGCCCCCGGUGCCGCGCAGCGCCGCCCCGGAGGACGGACAGGGGGACGAGGACCGGGACGGGGCCGGGAUCGACGUGGACAAGGCCCGGGAGAGGCUGAGGCGCGAGGACCAGGAGUUCGACAAGCAGGAGUACCGGAGCAAGGUGAAGGCCAAGCACCGCGAGAGGAAGCUGAAGGAGAGGGCCGCCCGCCGGCGCCGCCAGGAGGACCAGGGGGACGGGGACCAGGAGGACGAGGUGCUGGCCUACCUGGCCAACCACAGCGACGACGAGUUCGAUCCCAGCACGCUGCCGGACCCGGACAGACCGCGGGAGGAUGAGGAGGAGGAAGAGGAGCAGGAGGAGGAUGAGCCGCCUCCACCACCAAAGAAGAAGAAGCAGCUGGUCAGCGGCGAGCCGGCGGCGCUGGACACCGGACUGUCUCUGGCUGAAGAUGAGGAGCUGGUCCUGCAGCUGCUGUCUGGAAGCAGGUAGACCGUCUUCAUCUUCAUCAUCCUCAGCCCGAUGAUGAAGACGCGCCCAGCAGGCGGUGCUCAUGAGCGCUUCAUUUCCCAUCAUGCAACAGGAGAAUGGAGCCCUGUUGAUGUUCUAAUAAAAACUGUUCCCUGAGCCGCUGACUGUUCUUCCUCCUCAUUCUGACCCCCGCUGAGCCACCGCAACGCCGUCUGUCACCACCGCAACGCCGUCGCCACGGCAACACAACAGUGCGUCACCACCAGUGUGUGCAGCCAUGGUGACACUGUCCAUCACCAUGACAACACCAUGCGUAGCCACAACGCUGUUGCCCUGUCAACACCGUAUGUAGCACGACAGCGCCAGGAUUUGCAAUGACAGCACCACAUUUAACAACAUUGUGUAACCAUGACAACACAACACCAUGUAUUCCUGAUCAUACCAUGUGUAGCCAUGACAACGCCUUGUGGUGACCACAACACCAUGUGUAGCUACACCACGUGUUGCCAUGACAACACCAUAGUUCGAUGACUGAAAGAAAACGUAGUGCGAUUGUCACGACGACUGAUGGUUCCGGUUGUGAUCUUCCAGCAGAUCAACAACAGAAGUACAAAUGUGAACCCAGCAUGCAUUGCAGGAGUCCAGCUGAUGUCUUCUGGUGGACUUUAUCAAUGGAGUCAGAUGUUCCUCAGCAUCUGGUUCCACAAGGAUCUGUCUCAUUAGUGAGGGACAUGGAGAGACAAAGUUCACUUCUCCCUCUGGACUCUUCCUGUCUCUCUGGGUCUCUGUCCCUCUGAGUCUCUGUCUCUGUCCCUCUGUCUCUGGGUCUCUGUCCCUCUGGGUCUCUGUCCCUCUGAGUCUCUGUCUCUGUC